AUGUCAGAGAUCAGAGGUCCAAAGAAACGAAAAAUCGUUCAAGAUAACGGAGAAGACGAUGGCGAAAAAGGCGGAAGUGUUCUCAAAAAACGCCGCUGCUAUGAAGUUUUAUCUCGUGAAACACUUCGAAAUGUACGCGACACAGAGCCACUCACUUCUUCAUUGUUGAGCACAAAAGAACAUCGUUACAAACUUCGCAAUACCGAAGAGGGAGUCUACGCAAGAGCAGUCAUUUCGGAUCGACAUCUUCCCAAUCACUGUCGCGCAGCAAAUCUAGUAAAUGAGAUGCACGAAGACACCGAAAAGAACUUGAGAAAACUUGAAUCAAUGGUCACACUGUUCAAACAAAAAUGUAUACCCUACUCUUCGUGGAAGUUGAUCGACAACAGCUAUCAAGAGGCGAGUGAUUCAGCAGUGAGCAGUCUCGAAUCGAUUACGAAACUGUUUCAAACAAAGCAGUACGAACAGAUACUUCAUCCGCACGGUGAUAUGAGUAGAAUGCUAAAGUUUCGUGCUAUCCUCGGCAAUUAUUAUUGCAAGAAGGAGGCAAUAACACGACAAUUUCGGGAAAGCGAUAAGCUUUUAGUGCUUUUUUCGACGCGCGAAUUGUGUAUGGGUCUUUCUUGGCUAUAUGUCUGUGUAUAUAUGCGCGUGGUUGGCUGUCGUCUUUGGAUAUUUGUUGUAGAUGAAUCUUUGUUAUGUGGAUGA